UUGGACAAUGAAACUGAAACACUGGCCAAUUUAGUGUUGGAGGUUUCAUGGCUAAAUUUGACCAGCCUGGUGGCCAAUCUUCAUUGAUUGCACAUUCCACCAGUAAGAGCAGAGUGUGAAGGUUUAAUUAGCAGAGUAAUAGCACAGUUUUGCUUAAAAUAUUGCAAUGCACACAACAUUAUGGGUGACAUAUCAAAUUGACAUAUCAAACAAAUUGACAUAUCAAACAAAUUGUUGGUGCACGUCUCGCUGGCGCAUCCGUGACUAAGACAGCAAGUCUUUGUGAUGUAUCAAGAGCCACGGUAUCCAGGGUAAUGUCAGCAUACCACCAAGAAGGACGAACCACAUCCAACAGGAGUAACUGUGGACACAAGAGGAAGCCGUCUGAAAGGGAUGUCCGGGUGCUAACCUGGAUUGUAUCCAAAAAACAUAAAACCACAGCUGCCCAACUCACUACAGAAUUAAAUGUGCACCUCAUCUCUCCUGUUUCCACCAAAACUGUCCGUCGGGAGCUCCACAGGGUCAAUGUACAUGGCCGGGCUGCUAUACCCAAACCUUUGGUCACUCGUGCCAAUGCCAGACGUCGGUUUCAAUGGUGCCAGCAGUGAAAAUCUUGGGCUGUGGACAAUGUGAAACAUGUAUUGUUCUCGGUUACGGUGUGGAGAAGCCCCAAAGAAGCAUACCACCCAGACUGUUGCAUGCCCAGAGUGAAGCAUGGGGGUGGAUCAGUGAUGGUGUGGGCUGCAAUAUCAUGGCAUUCCCUAGGCCCAAUACUUGUGCUAGAUGGGCGCGUCACUGCCAAGGACUACCGAACCAUUCUGGAGGACCAUGUGCACCCAAUGGUUCAAACAUUGUAUCCUGAAGGCGGUGCCGUGUAUCAGGAUGAUAAUGCACCAGUACACACAGCAAGACUGGUGACAGAGUGGGUUGAUGAACAUGAAAGUGAAGUUGAACAUCUCCCAUGGCCUGCACAGUCACCAGAUCUAAAUAUUAUUGAGCCACUUUGGGGUGUUUUGGAGGAGCGAGUCAGGAAACGUUUUCCUCCACCAGCAUCACGUAGUGACCUGGCCACUAUUCUGCAAGAAGAAUGGCUCAAAAUCCCUCUGGCCACUGUGCAGGACUUGUAUCUGUCAUUCCCAAGACGAAUUGAUGCUGUAUUGGCUGCAAAAGGAGGCCCUACACCAUACUAAUGAAUUAUUGUGGUCUAAAACCAGGCGUUUCAGUUUCAUUGUCCAACCCCUGUGUGUGUGUGUGUGUGUGUGUAAAUUGAGGUCAGUAGAAGCUUCGAUAUGUAUUGCAUUUUUGUAUGCCAAAGUAGUCUUAAUAAACAUGGCAUUUUCCUAAUUUACUGAAAGCUUUAUCUGUUUGGCAGCCUGGACAGAGGAAAUGAUCAUGCAUCAGAGAAAGAUAUUUUGUUGGUCUGCAUUCACACAACAUAGGCUUCUAAGUUUUCUAUACAGAACUAAUGACUGGGCUAAAAGAAAUGCACACUCUGGGACCCAGCAAAAUUCCUAAUAUCAUCAUCAGUCAUUCAUUCAUCACAUACACCUGGUACCAACAACCAUGGCACGAUCAAAGUCACAGAGAUCAGACUUUUUUUCGUUCUGUUGUUCAGUGUGAACAUUAACUGAAGCUCUUGAUCUGUAUCUGCAUGAUUUUAUGCACUGUACUGCUACCACUUGAUUGGCUGACUAGACUGACUAGGUGCAUGAAUGUGUAAGGGUAUGUGGUUCUUAUCUCUCAGUAUUAAUGUAUUUUUAGGCAAAUAAAAUAUGCACCAUGUCAAGAACUUCUGUUACAGUCAGCACACUGUUUUGUGGUUUUAUCAAAGCUAAUCAAAUUAGAUCAAAAGCAGCUUUAUAUGUGUUCAUUACAUGCAGUUUCCUGCUUCCUCUGGAUGCAUUUUUCAGCAAUCAAAGUCUCAAAAUAAGCUUAACUGUUUAAUGAAAGAUAAGCCUAGUGUAGAGAACAAAGCUUGUGUAGAAGUCUUGGGGAGUAUGGCUGAGUCAUGUAACCUAAUCAGUCUUGAACGUAGCAGCUUGCAGCAGCAGGGGGUGUGGUAAGCUCAGUUCAAGGCUUUGGGCAUGUGCUUAUCAUCUGCUCCUUUAAUUAGGAUUUGUUUUAGUUUGCUGUGCUUUUGUUGAACUUUGGGAAUUUCAUAUGGAUACCUGUUUAUCCGUCAGUGAUGACAUACAUGUUCUGAGCUCCUGGGAACCAUGUAAAGCUGUUCAUUCCUUCUGUGCUUUAUGUAAUUCAGCUGUCAUUAUUUCACAAGCUGAAGCUGAUAUGGAGACACUUGUGCAGCGUUAUAAAGUGUGUGAGAUUAUUUCUCAUUUCAGACUUGAGUGUAGUUUCUUGCUUUUGUUAUAAUGCAUGUAGGAUGUAGGAAAGACUUGGUUUCCUGACAAAUUAGGUAGACAUACACAAUUGCUUUGGUAGAAAAGCAAAACAUUUCUCUGAAACUUAUUUCUAAGUGAAGGAAUCAUUUACACACACUAUCCACUUGAUCCCCAUGCGUGUGCACAUGAUUCGCCCAGACCAAGGCAAGAAGUUAAAAAUAGUUCUUUGCUCAUGUAGCAGUGUGUCUAUGUAUUUCUAGACAUUUACAUGUUUUCUGUUCUAGAACCAAUUGGAUGUUGGUCAGCUUGACAUAAUGUGAGGAUAAGGUUAUGCUAAAGGAACACUGUUUUUCAGUAUAGUCUAAAAUGCUUUAGGUUUUUUAAUGUUCAGUGAAAUUUAGUGAUAUUUCUUUUUAUAGUAAAGAUGUAGUUAACAUUAACUGUCUGGUCAGAACAUUGUCCAUUGCUGUACAGUUAAAAAAAGAUGGCAUAUAACAAUGGUAUAAGAAAAUAUAACAAUAUUAAAAAUUAUUUUUGUUUUGCAUUCUGUAAUGUUUUCUAAUUUAAAUUUAAGCUGUGCUUUCUCUUUAUAAGGACAAAGCUACAGUACUACAAAAUGAACAUUCAGAAAAAUAAACAAAUAAAAUAUUUGUUAUUGUAAUAACUAAUAAAAUAACCAUAUGACUGUGUGUCCAUGGCUCAGCAGAUGGGCCUUGUUUAUCACUGCUGAAGUAUUUAAUCGAAAAGAAUUUGUUGCUGGAAAGGCUUAACAGUUGUGUCCUGGACUCUUCGAGCCAUGUGACAUAUGGGGGCUGAGAAGUGGGGGUGUUGCUUCUCCAAAAACAGACUUAAAAACAAGCCAUGUACCCUGAUUGGUUGGUCUGACUGAGCGUCACGAGCAGCAAGAGGAUGGUAUAAAACCUUUGGCUGCUGUGCUUCCGCAGAAUUGACAGCUGAUGGGACAUGUUUGUGCUGUGUUACUAUAAUUACUUCUGAUACUGCGGCAAGCAUUAGACACCACCGGUAGCUAGCAUGGAAAUCCAGAGGACUGGCUCACUGAGGGGGUCACCUAACUCUAUGGAGAGUCUGGAAAAACAGCUUAGUUGUCCAAUCUGUCUUGAUAUGUUUACCAAGCCAGUAGUGAUCCUCCCCUGCCAACAUAACCUGUGCCGUGGAUGUGCUAGUGACCUUUAUGACUCUCGAAACCCUUACAGGUUUUCGGGGGGGGUGUUCAGGUGUCCAACAUGUCGUUUUGAGGUGGUUCUUGAUCGGCAUGGUGUACAUGGACUUCAAAGGAAUAUUCUAGUAGAGAACAUUAUUGACCUUUACAAACAGCAGCAAGAGGGCUCUGGAACCACAGCGGCGCCUGUAAAACCUAAGGUCUCCACUGAACCACUGUGUGAGGAGCACAAGGAUGAAAAGAUCAACAUCUACUGUGUGACCCACCAGGUUCCCACUUGCUCACUGUGUAAAGUGUUUGGUCAGCACAAGGACUGUGAAGUUUCCCCCAUUGCUAGUGUUUACCAGGCCCAAAAGGGUGAGAUGAGCAAUGCCAUUGAUGCUCUGGUUGCAAGUAAUGGGCGGCUGCAGGCCCUGCUAAACCAGAUGGAGGAAGCUUGCAAAGCUGUUCAGGACAAUGCCCAACAUUCUAAGCAAAAGCUUGGUGAGCGAUUUGAUGCUCUAUAUGUGGCUCUAGAGGAACGAAAAAAUGCCCUCUUGGAGCGUAUAAGCAAAGAGCAAGAUGAGAAGGUGGCAGUCUUACGAAAACUAGCUAGACGUUAUGGAGACCGGCUACAAGCAUGCACAGAGCUCACUGAUACAGCAGUUCAGGCCCUUGAACAAAGCAGUGCUGCAGACUUCCUGCAGUCCUCCAAGGGUCUCAUUGCACAGACAAAGGAUGCAGCCAAGAGUUCCCUUGCUGAGGAAAGACCUGAAGCUGGUUUUGAGAGAAUGGACCAUUUUACUCUUUUCACAGACCAUAUCGAGGCAUUAUUUUCCAAGAUGGACUUUGGGGUAGACGAUGAUGAAGAAUUUGAAGAUGCAGAGGAAGAUGAAGAGGAGUGAACUGGACACAUGGUGUUUGGAGUGUUAGUGUGUGUGAAGGAGAAGCAAAGGACAAUUUAAAAUAUGUUGCUAAAUAAUGUAUUUUUAACACAUUUUAAGUGGUUUUACAGAGUGCUGCUAAACAGUACUGAAAAUAACAAAGCUACAUUCUGAUAAAAUACUGCCAUUUUUAUACUUUUAUAAUGAUAGUUUAUAUAUGUAUGUUUCUAUGUGAAUCUUAUGUCGAGCGAAGACAUUAACAUACUGUUCAUUUACUUGGAUGUCAAAUUAACAGAUAAUCAUACAAACUUAUUUUUCACUGUAUAAUAAGUUUGUCAGUUUUUGUGAUUUCUGUGGUUAUUCUGCUGCAUGACAAUAAAAUCUUUAAUAAAGCAUUACACUGA